AUGCCAGUCCACGAGGAGCGCAAGAUGCAGUCCUACUCCAACAACACGCCGUCGCAGCCACCCCCGCUUCUCCGCCUCCCAAUCGAGCUCAGACGCCUUAUAUACAGCUCCGUCCUCCCCCACACGACAACUUUCGAAGUGCGUUUCCAGCGUCCCGCCGACCCACCCCCAAAAUCCGAAUACAAUCUGACCUUCGUGCGGCAGAAAAACGGUGAUGGGGGCUGGCGCAUGCAACGCACUCUGCCAAAGGCGGAGCGCGAAACAGGCAACGACAUAGUCUGGCGACGCGGAAGUACCAACCUACUAGCCGUGUCACGACAAGUACAUGAAGAGGCAGCGGAUAUGCUAUAUGGAGAUAACACAUUUGUGAUUGAUGUGACGUUCGAUGCGAUCAACUUUCGGUACCGCUGGCGCACUGCAAAUAACCUUACGCCGAAUCGGACGUAUCAGUUCUUGGAUCACUUUUCGCAGAGGAAUCUGCUGAGGAUCAGGAAUUAUAUCAUUAAUGUUGAAUCUGUGGAUGAUUAUACGGGCAUGAUCAAAUACAACUGCGGUGGAAGGGGCUUGCCAGCCGGUAUACGGGGUAAGGUGCGCGAGUUGGUUGAUUUGUUGGUUGUUGCACCACAGUUGCAUCGGCUGCACAUACAUCUUAUAGAUGGCGCGAUAAGUCGCGUAAGGUUCCCGAGUGGACGAGUACAUCGAGUACAGGAUGAGAAUCAUUUUGCGCAAACACAGCUAGUGCUUGAUCCUUUCAGGGCAUUGUAUGGAGUCAGGAACCCAGUUGUGAGUGGUGUUGAUGACGACUAUAAAGAUGCUCUGGAAAAGAGCAUGGCAGCGCAAAAUGCAACGGGUUAG